CCGAGGCGUUCGAGGUGCAUACAGGAGUAGGACAGGGCUGCCUGCCUGCCUGCCUACCUAUUAUCACCGAUGAUUUUCCUCAUUGUGGUGGACUGGAUUAUGCGUUAGACUGUGAGUUGAGAGUGAGAAGAUAAAAUUACGAUGGACGACCGCUAAGAAGACUCUAAGAGAUCUGGCUUACGUGUGUGGAUGAUAUAUGCCUAAUGUCACACAAACUCGAAGACUUACAAGCGAAAAGCAACAAACUGGCUGAAGAAGCAGGCACGCAGCGAAGACAGGACUCCAAGUGAACAUAGAGAUGACGGAGGUGAUGAAGAUAGCCAAUCACCACCUUGCGCCACCAACAACAAACAGCACCAAUCACACAAUCAACGGGAGGGAUUUAAUAGAGGUUACUUCGUGCCUUCACUUGUCUAGCUAUGCAACAUCCUCCCAACUACAGCCAGUCGGAACGGAUGAAGAUGUCAAAACCAGCCAGCCAGCCAGCCACUCAGUCAGUCAGUCAGAAUCGGAAAGGCAGGAUACACACGCCUUCAUCAACCUGAAUCCAGUCUGGAAAUCUCCUGCACUCAGCCAUCAUAAACAACAAGAUUCGGAUUUUCAACACGAAUGUGAAGUCAGUCACUUCUUCUAUACGGAUCAGAAACUUGGCGUGUCACGAAAAGGAUUUCCAACAGGUCUCAGACUUUCAUCAACAGCUUCCCACUUCGCUGGCUCUAUACUGAAGAUCAAAUGACCGGUGGAAAGAAUUAGUGACAAGAAACUCUGGCCGAGAACAAACCAACCAAGAGCCGAUCGCUCAACAAAUAUGUAGGAGACAGUGGAGAUAGUCCGGGCAUAUACUGAGGAGGCCGCCGAUUGACAUCGCAUCCCAGGCCAUCGCUCGAGUGGAAUCCAG